AUUGAGGCGGAUCGAACAUUGAACAUGCGUGUGAUUGGCAUGGUGCUCCUGACGGGAAUAUCGAGGAUAAGGGGUUGGCGAGUUGGUACACGCUCUCCAACUAUGAGCACCGGGGGAAAUACGAUAAAGGAACUAGCCGCUUUCGAAAGAGAUGGGAGCCCGCGCAUGCGGUUUGCUCCAUCACCAACCGGUUCACUACACGUCGGUGGUGCGCGGACCGCGCUGCGCGUUUCCAGUGUCGUCUUUAGCCCUGUGAGUGGCACUUGCUGCGGCAGGUACAAUUGGCUUGUUGCACGACAGGAGCAAAACGGGAAAUUCCUCUUACGCAUUGAAGAUACAGACCUAGCGCGUUCAACAAGGGAGAGCGAGGAGAGCAUGCUAGCAGACCUUGAGUGGCUUGGGCUUGACUGGGACGAAGGGCCUGGGGUUGGUGGACCAUGUGGUUCAUACCGGCAAAGUGAACGCUCACACAUCUACAAGGAGGCGACCGACUUUCUCGUACGCGCCGGUCAUGCGUACCCGUGCUUUUGUACGGAAGAGGAACUAGAGACGAAGCGUAUAGCAGCCAAGAUGGCGGGGUCACAGGUUGCAUACGAUGGGACCUGGCGGGGGGCUGAUGCCGACGAGGUCCAGCGUCUUCUUGAAUCGAAUACGCCACAUACGUAUCGAUUUCGUACACCAAAGGGCAAGAUUGUGCGUGUCGAUGACCGGGUGCGAGGGCAUGUUGAGUGGGACGUGCAGGCUACGAUUGGUGAUUUCAUUCUACUCCGGUCAAAUGGCGUGCCUGUAUACAAUUUCUGCGUCGCUGUGGAUGAUGCGCUCAUGGGUGUCACAACAGUUGUACGUGCAGAGGAACACUUGACAAACACGGUCCGGCAGCUACUUGUGCUUGAAGCUCUUGGCUUUAAAGAACCAUCCUAUGCACACGCGUCACUCAUCCUUGGUAGUGAUAAAUCAAAAUUGAGUAAACGACACGGGGCCACAUCCUGUGGCCAGUUCCGCGAACGUGGUUACCUUCCCGACGCUAUGAUAAAUUAUCUUGCUCUCCUAGGCUGGAAUGACGGCACCGACAAGGAGGUUUAUUCACGCGAAGAACUCAUCAAAUCCUUCGAUUUGUCGCGUGUGACCGCUUCGCCUGCAAUGUUUGAUGAUGCCAAGCUCCGGUGGCUCAAUGGCCAACAUCUGCGCUCAAUGUCGUUGAAGAGGCUGCUUCCGCUUGCAAGGGAACACUUCAAGGCUGGUGGUCUUCUGGACGAUGCAGAAACAAAUUCUGCAGCGGUCAAUGAUUUCAUUAAAAUCGCAGCAACUUCAACCCAACCUAAGGCUGAGCUUGUUACUGACAUGGUUGACCUGACUCGAUCCACUCUCGCUUAUCCACUGUUGGAGACAGUCAAAAUUCAGGAUUGCAAUGAGGAGGCUUCGGUGCUUGCAAAGACAGUCACCAAGGUACUUGAUGAUGACUUCAUAUCAUUCUCUAAAGCACUUAUUGAUUCAUACGAUGCACGCGAGGCACCUCCAUUCUGCUACGACGCAGCGUUGGCAGCUGAUGCUAAUCCAUCCUCUGUCCUGGAGUGGCUUGAAGCGCUUGGUGGUAGGCUUGGUCGCUCUAAAAAAAAUCUCCUAAUGCCAGCUCGCAUUGCGCUUACUGGCAAGACUACUGGUAUGGAUAUUCCCUCACAGCUAAAAAUCAUCCAAUGCGCUAUACACGCCAAUUGUGCCCGCAGUAUCUGUGUCUCAAUUGACCAGCGCAUGGAGAUACUUCGGGCCUAUGGGGGCAGCGCCCCCUGCUCCUUCGACGGUAACACUACGCCCGAGGGAGAACUCGAGCCAAAAAGGAACAUGAAUCUUGCGACAUUCUCUAAGCUGAGGCGGGUCUAUGAGUCAAAUCGCCGCACUGCCUCAGAUGACAUAACCAUGUUCGAGAUUCUCAGAAACGCCUAUGAAGGACUAUAA